AUGAGUCGCAAGAGAACUUAUAACGAUGUUAAUAGUCCAACUUCUGAUCAUAAUCUUUCACCAUUAAUCAAUAGUCCAUCAACACCUUUAAUUACUGGUGGUGGAUUAAGUCGUCGUAUGGGUAUAGAUGAUAAUCUUAUUGAAAAUGAGCCAGAUCCUGCAGCACGUAGACGUGCUGAAUUUCUUAUGGAGCAACGUGAUGCUCUUGAAGCUGGAAGACCUGUUGAAUCAACUAUGUGUAAGUUAAAAAGAUAUGAUGAACCAAUUGAUGCUGAAGAAGAAGAAGAAGGGGAUGAGAGUUUGACAAUAGAGGAACUUUCAGAUAUGAAAGCAAAUAAUGUACUUGAAUGGGUUCAAAAACCACCUGUCAAGAAUGAAAAUUCAAAAACAUUAUUUGUGGAUUUCAAACAUUUAAUCGAACAUAAACCAAUUUUAUGUUCUUUUUUGCAAGAAUGUCCAACUGUAAUCUUGAAUUUAUUUGAUGAGGUUUCAAAUAAUGUAAUCAUUCAAAGAUAUCACAAUUAUUCUAAUAUUGAAAAACAUGUCACAGUCCGCAUAACUAAUUAUUCAGGUAAUCGUACUCUUAGACAACUUAGAGAAAAGCAUCUUAAUACAUUUGUAUGUGUCAAUGGAGUAAUUACCAAAAGAACAGGAGUAUUUCCACAAUUGAAAUAUGUAAAAUAUAAUUGCGGAAAAUGUGGAGGACUGCUUGGACCAUUUACUCAAGACUCUGAUUCAGAAAUUAAAAUAAAUCAUUGUAUACAUUGUGAAUCAAAGGGUCCAUUCUAUAUAAAUGUAGAAAAUACAAUAUAUAGUGAUUAUCAAAAGAUAACACUUCAAGAGAAUCCAGGUUCGGUUCCGCCUGGAAGAUUACCUCGUCAUCGUGAAGUUAUUCUAUUUGGUGAUUUGAUUGAUUCAGCAAAACCUGGCGAAGAAAUCAAGAUUAUUCUAAAGAUCCUCGAAUUGCCCAAAGGUAUUGCACCAUCGAUUUAUGGACAUGCUAAUAUAAAAAGAGCUUUAGCUUUAUCAUUAUUUGGAGGUGUACCAAAAAAUAUCAAAGACAAACAUCGAUUACGUGGUGAUAUUAAUAUUCUUAUGCUUGGAGAUCCUGGUACAGCCAAGUCACAAUUUCUAAAGUAUAUUGAAAAGACAGCACAUCGAGCUGUAUUCACAACAGGACAAGGGGCUUCAGCAGUUGGUCUGACGGCAUCAGUAAAAAAAGAUCCGGUGACCAGAGAAUGGACAUUAGAAGGCGGAGCAUUGGUGCUUGCAGAUCAAGGAAUUUGUCUCAUUGAUGAAUUUGACAAAAUGAAUGAUUCUGAUAGAACAAGUAUCCAUGAAGCAAUGGAACAACAAACAAUAUCAAUUAAUAAAGCGGGAAUAAAUACAGUUCUUAAUGCAAGAUGUGCAGUUUUAGCAGCUGCCAAUCCAAUUAGAGGACGAUACAAUGCCUCAGUACCAUUUUCGCAUAACGUAUAUCUAACCGAGCCUAUUUUGUCACGAUUUGAUAUUUUAUGUGUUGUCAAAGAUAAAGUUAAUUCAGGGAUUGAUGAAAUUCUAGCUGAAUUUGUUGUUGCUAGUCAUAUUAGAAGUCAUCCGUCUUCCAAAGCUCAAAGUGUUGGUGAUUUACAUCAGGAUGCUGACCUUAUUCCUCAAGAUGACUUAAGGAAAUAUAUUUUAUAUGCUAAACAAAUUGAACCAACAUUAUCUGAAUUUGAUAAAUUAAAAGUCGCUAAUCUUUAUGCAGGUUUAAGACAAGAGGUUAUUUUUUUUUGGUGUAGAAUUCAUCUUCGUCGUGAUACUAUUGGCAGAGAUUUAGAUGUAGCAAUUGAUGUCGUUUUAAGAAGUUUCUUUUCAUCUCAGAAAUAUUCAGUUGCAAAUAAACUUAAAGAAAAAUUUGGUGGAUUUUUGAUGUAG